GUAGAACUGCGAAGACCAAGCUGUGUCUCGCUUGUGCUGUUUGGGUUCUUGUUGGUACUUCCUUCAUUCCCAAACACGCACGUUUCGGUAGAUUUUACGCUCUAUCCAGAGCGUACUCUAUCGAUUCAUCAAGUCCGAUUACUUGCUGCAUUACAUGCCUUCUUCUGCAACUCUAAUUCAAUCGCUGAGCUGAGGAUGAACUCGGACGGCGACGUUACCCCACCACGGCUGACCUCCUCAACACCUGGGUCACCCAACCGCCUCGGCUCAGCAGGCCUUGCUACCACAAAUAGUGGCGUCACCACGCCGAAGCCCAGCGCCGCUCGCCAAGCAGCGAAUGCAAACCAGCUCACCACGACCACUGCGGCUGUGUUCACCACAAACGAGGUUGCGGUCAUCGCUCCGCCUUCUCAAAUAGCAUCGGGGCAACGCGCCUCAUCAUCGUCGACACCGCUGCUCAUCUCGUCCGUCACGCCCCCUCCCCUCCACUCGCCGCCUCCACCUCCAGCAGAUCGCUGCACAUUUGCCGCUGCGGCGGCGGCGGCUUCUUCUUCCUCCGCCUCUCUCGGCUUUCGCGCUCGCACAACUCCACACAGCAACAGCAGUGGCGGCAGCAACGGCGUUGUCGGCGGCGCGGCACCUUCCACCACCAACACCGGUGCAUUACGCUUUACGUGUUGUCGCUGCCGGCGCAGCUUUUUCGUCUCCCCUGAUGAGCGCCGCACCUCCGUCACGAAGCACUCCUCGUCGUUGGCGCAGGAGGCGCCGGCUAAACUCGUUGACCGGCUCUCGCGUUCCUUUGCUGCGCAUGAUGCCAUGAACACCGAAGAUGCGUCGGAUCCCUUCUCGGGACCCGCUGCUCCGUCUUCCGCUCCACUUGCACCGUCUUUGCAGGCUGCUGUUCGCAGCUCCUACACAACCUCCGGUACUGGGCAGCGAUAUCGGCCGCUGGUACCGCCUCGUGUAUCUGAGCACACCGUCAGUACGCGUCAUCAAGACACGAAAGCCACUUCAGAUGCGCUGGCAGAGCAGCGUGCCCUCAUCGAUGCCCUUUCCCUCGACCUCUUCACCCCGGCCGAGGUGUACUCGCGGGCACAGCUCACAGAGCUGCUGACGCACGCGCAAGAAGUGCUUGAUCUCGAAGAUGCUCGAGCAGCCCCGCGCUGCACACGGUUUGCCGUGGCGAACCCGCAUAGCCUCUGCGAUCUCGCGCCACCGCUGAGCUUUUCCUCCGCUCCUUCGCCGACGUCAGCGCACACCACACGUAAUGCACGCUGGGGGCAGCACUGCAAGGUCGCAGGUGCGCAGCUCAACGCGUCGGAUACGGCUGCGGUGGUUUGCUUGGAUGAAGGCGCCUCCGUUGUUUUAGAGAUGUCGCAGCUUGUAUCACACGGUGUGCAGGUCCGCAUGCCUUCGUUUAGGAUGGCGGAGAAAGGGGCGGAGGGCACAGGGGAUGAGGGGGGAGAAGAGGAAGGGAACGCAAUGGCUGCGACCGGGCAGAGCCGCAACGGCAAAACCGAUAAUAGCGGUAGCAGCUCAUCCGACCUGACCGCGGUGGAAACGCUGGUGAUGAGUCGAGAGGGAGAGGGCGACCCUCCGAACGACCCCCGCAGCACCGCACACCGUGAGGCUACGCCGCUGCGCCACCCGUUGCAGGAGCACCGCAGCGAAGACGACGAUGGCGACGCGGGCGCGGCGGCGGAUGGGCACACCGGUCCCUCUCGCGUCGGAAACGACGCGGCGGAGACAGCGGUUCGAACCUUUGCGACACCGCCGCUGCCACCGCCGUCAUCUUCAUCGCCUUCAGUGCCAGAAGCGUGUAGCGAGCAAGUACAUUACAUGGAUACACCUUGCCCUGCCUUCGCCGAGAAGGCACCUCGUCAGCCGACCGGCAAUCUGACCAGUGCUGCCACGGCGCUGCCGUUUGGUGCGUUGUACCGUUGCUGGAUGCGUCUGCUCGUCCACUCGUCCUCCGCCUCCUCCUCCACGCUGCCCGCCCAGCCCCUUUGUCUCGACUGCUGGUGGGAGGCCUGCAUUCCCCCGCUGCAACAGCGCACCACGAAUGCCCUGGAAGGCAUUGAGUCGCUCCACUCCAUCCUCCGCUGUCACUCGCACGAGGAGAAAACUCGUCUAUGGACGUUAGUGAGCGAUGCCACGACAGCGCACACCGAUCCCACGCCUGCGUUGCGGCAGGAAGGUGAUGACGACGACGGACGGCGUGCGAUCAUCCGCGCUGCUUCCUCGCCAUGCACAACGCAGCAGCAGCAGCCGUGCCCUCCUUCUCUCUCGUUGAACUCAGUCGCGGCGAAUUUGUUUGGCGAAGAUGAGAAGGAAUGGCUGAGCACCAUGGCCGCCCUCUCUGCUCCCCACCACCCACGCAAGCCGGAGGGCCUUUUGCGCACGGCAGACGCGCGCAGGUCUGCAACACCCCCACCUAUCCGUCGCUCUCUGAGUGACCGAGACGAAAACAGGAACGGCUCUACUGCACAGCGUGACACCUCAGUCCUCCAAGAGCGACAGGCGGAGCUCCAGGAGCUUCUUUUAGAAAUGGAAGAGGUGCGCGCACAGCAGACAAGUCUUGAUCUGCAAAACGACGAGCUGCGUGGCGUGUUGCAGGCGCUGGACACGGCACACAUCAACACUGCGCCACCGCCGCCGUCCACCGCCGUCUUCGAUGGAAGCGGUGGCGAUCCUGCAGGGCAGUCCGCUUACAGGCCAGCUUUGGCGUCGACGAAGGACCGCAACACGCCUGCGAACUGGGCCGGCCUCGCGGUUGCACACAACAUCCGCGAGGUGCACGAUGCUUUUACCUGUCGCGAUGAGGCGGCGGAGCGGCAACACAUGAUGCGUGACCUCGCAGCGCGCCAUGCGUUCCUCUCCGCGACCUCGAUCGAUGCGGUGUGCUUUCCAGUAGACGUGUCAGGUCCCAUGGGCACCAUCGCCGGGCUGCGGCUGGGGUUGGUGGCGCCGUACUCCGGUAGCAGCCGUCCACCAAACCAGACAGCACGCCACACGGACGUGGGGCAGCGUGACGGUAUCCCCAGUGAUGCAGCGCGUUCCUGCGCGGUGGAGGAGGCGAUGUGUUUGAAGGGCUUCGUGCGUCGGCAGGUGCAGUACACGCAGUUGCUGCUCAGCGGCCACACCGCUGGCGCGAACGUCGACUACGUGGAGGCGAGUCACGAGGACCACACGUCUGCGGGUGCUGCUGCGCCGGCGUUGCUUUCGAGUACCACCACCACCACCGUCGUGUCUCCACGCGUGUCGGCGGCGGAGGUGAACGCGGCCUGCGGCUACCUCCUGCUCCUCCUGAACUACUUAGCCAACGUGAAUGGCCUCUCUUUUCAAACAGCCAUCCUGCGUCCGGCAGGGGACCGGAGUACCGUUGCACUGCUCAAGUGCACCUCGAAAGGGCCAGGCGUACGUGCCGGUGCCGCCGCCACAUCGCACGCCGCUGCGUCCUCCUUUGCGAUUCCAUUCAGUUUUUUCGGUCUCUUCACGAACACAGCGCCGAGCGCCGCGAGUUCAAACGACAGGCCGGACUCACCCUCUUCGGUCUCAGCGUGGACGGCUGCCGCCGCCUCUGCAAGCAGGUCGUCCUGCGUCGUCGACUACGAAGUCGACUUCUACCUCACGGACCGGCUCUUCGCCUGGCGCACGUUUGGCGGCGCCUGCGUGGCGGUGGCGGCGUGUGUGCGGGAGCUGUCGGACGCCUUGCACGAGAGCCUGCGUUGUUGGCAGCUGCGCGAAGCGGUCGUGCGGCGGCACUCCCCUGCCGAAGUGGCGGAAAGCACCGACACGGAAGCAACGGCAGCCGCAGCCAAUGAACAUGGAGGAAGGGAGCGAAGCAGUUCUUUGACGAAGGGAGCGGCGCCUGCGUCGCUGCUACGACUCGUUGAAACUCUUGAACAGAGUGCCGGAGUGGGCGGCGCGCCGGCAGAGACGGAUGAUCCGGCAGCAGCAAGUCCUCCACCCGACUGCGAGGCAGCUGUGACUGCCGCGGAUGCUGCGGUCGCGGCGCCGUUUCCGCUGCGCCCGCCGUAUCGCGUGCAGGGCGACACCGUCGAUGGAUUUUCCGUGCGGCACGGCAGCGUCACCGAGGCCAUUUGGACCCUCGGCAUGAAGAAGUUGCUGGCGAACGUGCAGUGGUGCAUGGGGGCCACGGUGGAGCUGGAGCGACUGUACGCCAUCACCGGUGACGACGAGGUCAGCGGCGAGGAAUGA